CUGAACAGUCGUCAUCUUAAUGCAACUCAAGCUUGGAAUGCUACGACGUUAUUCUCUCGAUAGACCGAAUUUCAACUGUGUUGUUGCUUUUCAGCAGUUGGAAUCCAUUCAAAUGUGUUUUGGCGCACGACCUGAGAAUUCAACCUGAACCAUAAAUGCUUAAGUUAUUUUUCAUUUUCACGUCAUUUUUAGCCCAGUGCUUCUCACCCUGGAAUGCCACUUUCCUAUUGUUGCUCAGUCAUGAUCUACUUUUGGAGGAGUUAAGGACAAUGAAGAAAAAUUUAGUUUUCCAAAAUAGCCGUCGGAAGCGUAGGUGCCGUAUAUCGUAUUUGUAUACUACUCAUGAAACGUGAAUAUCACAAUUGCACAACAUCCCACCAAUAUCUUGCCGCUACUGUUUUCUUUUUAGGACAUUAAUGGUGGAAAAAGUUUUGAAAUAAUUUAUCUUGGUCUCAUUUUUUAAAAUAUUUUUUCAUAUAUGGAGAAAAAUUGCAUUUGAACAGCGGUGUGUAGACUUUUUAUAUUAACUGUAUAUUUAACAUUGGACGUCAAAAAUGAGAGGGUGCUUUAUUUCCCUACGUUAGCCAUUUGGAUCAUUUUGUGCCUUUAGUUUAUUAGUUAAUACUGAUUUUUGCUUCUUUUCUCUUUUUCCAGGGGCAGCUUUGGGUCGUUUGCUUGUAGAGGGAAUUGUUUGCAUGUCCUCCAGCACACAGGAUUGGUCUUCUAUGAAUCCUGGGUGGCUUCUCUCCACGCAGGUGGGACACGUUUUGGGAGCCACAUCGGCGCCGCUGCACAAAGCGGCUGGCCCGGAGGAGGUUGGACAUGUUGUCGACAGCAGCAGCGAGACGCAAAUCCCCGUGGUGGACUCGAGGUGCCAAUGUUGCUGGGCUUUGUCACGCAACCAGAGCUGCACAUGUUCCUGCGUCGAUGCAGCGCUUCCCAGGCUAAACUGUCAAAAAACGUGUAAACUGGUUCACGUUUGGUCCUUGUGCAGAGAGUGGAGCGACAUCUGGACGAGGUGUGCAGCAUUCAGCCGCCUUCUGCCCUUUUGUCUCCUCACACCAUUCAGGAGGCUUUCAGCAUCUUGAGCCUUGUUGGGGGUCAGACUGUUUUCAUCACUGAAAGAGGAAGGCUGCUUGGGUGGGUCACAUGGGCUGAGGUAACCUUGGCGCACGCUCGGGCUCAGUUGUCC